CAGCGUGCUGCAGGUUGGAUCAGUUUCCAUCUGAGGAUCAAUUAAACUUAUUUUAUCACAUUUCCAACAAGUCAGCAGCGCACACAGGGUUUCAACAUGUCGACUGCCAACUGUCUGCAGACUGAGGAUCAGCUUCUGUGCUGCAUCUGCCUGGAUGUGUUCACGGAUCCAGUCACGCUACCGUGUGGACACAACUUCUGCAAAAACUGCAUCACACAGCACUUAAAUUUCAAUUCCCACCGCCAGUGUCCCAUGUGUAAAGAGCAAGUUAAUAAGAAAUGUAAGCUUAAGGUGAAUACUUUCAUAUCUGAGUUGGCUGAUCAGUUCAGACAGUCAGCAGGAAGUAAAGCCAGUGACAGCUCAGAGCAACGAGUUGACACACCGGCAGAAGUUUCCUCUGACGUUCCUACUCGUACUAAACGUACUGGGCUAAAAUCCUGCCUGUGGUUACUUCUGGCAUGUCUAAUCAUCUACUUUGCAAUUAACCUAAAUCUUCACCAAACAAUAUCCAGCCUGACAACUCAUCAGCUGUUUGAUACAGAGGAGAACGUCGCGGUCAGCAUGUGUCCUGAGCACGGCAAACCUCUGGAUCUCUACUGCAAGAAUGAAAACAUGGCCAUUUGUCAGACCUGCGCUGAGUCAAGUCACAGAUUUCACCACAUUGUUCCUCUGAAAGAAGAAUAUGAAGAAAAAAAGACAGAGCUUUGGAAAACAGAGGCUGCAAUUCUGCAGAGUAUCGUGGAAAGGCAACUGAAGAUACAGGAGAUCAAACACUGGGCAAAGCUCAGCAAGGAAGCUGCAGACAGAGAGACUGAUGAUGGCGUUCACGUCUUCAGCGGUUUGAUUCAGUCUUUAGAAAAAGCUCGGGCCGAGCUCAUCGAGAGGAUCAAAGCGAAGCAGAAAACAACAGAGACACAGGCCAUAGAUUUCAUCCAAAAGAUGAAGCAGGAAAUCUCUGAGCUGAUCAGGAGACGUGCUGAGGUAGAGCAGCUCUCACACUCUGAAGAUCACCUCCACCUCCUGCAGAGCUUCACAUCCGUGAACGUCGCUCCACCCGCCAACCACCUGCCAGACAUCAGCAUCUGUCCAGUGUCCCAUGAAGAAAUCCUGAGGACAGCUCUGGUGACUGCGCUGGAUCAGCUGACAGAGAAAGUUAGAGAUAAGAUGGAGAAGCUGCGUGAAGCUGAGCUGAUGAGCGUCCAGCAGAGUGCAGUGGAUGUGACUCUGGAUCCUGACACGGCGCAUCCUGCUCUUGCUCUGUCUGAUGAUGGGAAACAAGUGCAUCACAGUGGCGUGAGAAACAAACUCCCAGACAGCUCAAAACGAUUUGAACGUCAGCAUUUUGUGUUGGGGAAGCAGGGAUUCUCUUGUGGAAGAUUUUACUACGAUGUUCAAGUUAAGGGCAAGAUGAUGUGGAUUUUAGGCGUGGCCAAAGAGUCUGUUGAAAGGAAGAAAAAUACUGAACUCAACCCUGAGAAUGGCUACUGGACUAUUUUUCAGUCUCGGAAACACUUGUUUGCACUGGCUAGCAGGGCUGUGUCUUUCUCUGUGAAUGACCCUCCUGACAGGGUGAGAGUGUUUGUGGACUACGACGAGGGUCUGGUCUCUUUUUACAACGCAGAUUCUGCAGCUCUUCUUUACUCCUUCACUGGAUGCUCCUUCACUGAGAAGCUCUACCCUUUCUUUAGUCCUGGUAGUAUUGACUCUGCCGCUCUGAUUAUCUCUCCUGUCAAUCAACACAGAUGAAACUAAUCAUUGCUUUUGCACCAACCAGCGGCCGCAACUCGAUAAUCGUUAAGGCCCAGACGCAUCAAACCAACAUCAGAGAAUUAGCAGCGACCAAAGCCCCCUGCUGCGACGCCUUACAGUGUUUGUGUCUUGGCCAAAAAGUUGCACGCUUACUCCAUGCCACACAAGUUUAUCUAGGACAAUAUUUCAAUCCCGCUCGGAUUUUCAUCAGGUCAAAAUGUUUGAGAAAUAAAACCCCGCUUGUAUCUAUACAUA